AUGCAAAGAAACUUUGGUUCCGGAAUUCCACGAGAUCGAGAGUUCCGUUUUGAUGGGCUUAUAAAUAGCCGGUUUAAGCGAACGGGUUUCGCUGACAGCCGGCGUUUGACACUGGGAUUAGGUAAGGGUCUUUAGUACUUUACUAUAUCUAUAUAGUAUUUAUGUUAUACUGUGCUUAUUUUAAAUGUUUUAACUCUAGCUUUACAGUAUGACAACUUUUAUUUCAAACAAAUUGUUUUUAUUACCUAAAUUAAUAUAUUUUUUUGAAAUUUCAUUACAAAUAGAGCUUAAAAGUGCAUUUUGAACCCAAUAAAAAAUAAUUUUUUAAUUUUUACAACAUUUUCAUUUCAGCCAUGUCAAAACACGAGUUUUAUUACCAUUUUGCCUUGGCUACAACAGCUAUAAGUGCCAUCACGACCAUCUCUCUACUAGUAUCAGUACCACUUUUGUUCAGUCGUGCCAAUGACCACAAGUACUUUAUCGAACAAAAAGCCAACAAUUUCCGGCUGGAAACCAACAAGAUCUGGUCUGAAUUGCACCCCAAUCCAGCUGUGUCAGUCCAUGAUCCCAAGACCGGUGAACUAGCCAAAAAUGCCAUUUUCUUCUCAGCUAGGACUAAAAGAAACCCUUGGGAACGACAGAUCUGCCAAGGAUGUAACCCACUCAACUGUCCCAGUGGUAUGCCAGGUAAUCCUGGCCCACCUGGUGAGGACGGCAAUCCUGGAGAUGCUGGUAUGCCUGGACGGUCAGGUGAAGAUGGUCUGGACGUGGAAUUGGCUCCAGAAGACGACUUGCCGUGUGUGAUCUGCCCUGGAGGACCACCUGGCAUGCGUGGACUACAAGGAGAGCGCGGUCAACCUGGCUAUCCUGGUCCUGGCGGCGAAUCAGGGCCAGAAGGUCGUCCUGGACCACAAGGACCACCUGGUUUGACUGGCAAAAGUGGACCAGCCGGGUUCAAAGGUCAUGAGGGUCCAGAAGGACCACCUGGAGAGACGAUCAUUGCUGGCGUGGGAAUUAAGGGACCAAAAGGACCACCCGGCCCACCAGGACCAAAAGGACCAAACGGUGGAGCAGGAAAGCCAAGCCGUGAAGUUGGAAUGCCCGGUCAGCCGGGACCACAAGGACCAAUGGGACCAUCUGGAGAGGAAGGAAAGUCGGGAGAAGAGGGACCAUUUGGACCACCUGGAGAGCCAGGACAACCAGCUAGCUACUGUGCUAGUGACUGUGGAGUGGCUCAGAUCCUGGCACCUUCUAUUAAUCAUGCUAAGAUCGCGGCUGAGGACGAUGUGAUGGGGAGCAUGAACAACAUGAGGAUGAGUGGGCAAUACGACAGUGAUGUUGUUGAGACUAUUGGUCAUAACAAUGCUUAUGGAGGUGCUGGCUAUUAUUCUGGAGGUUAUGGAAAAAAAUAA